CGCGUUGUUCGCAUUAUCCGCAUACACGUUAUCCCCCUUGUUUCGCUAGUCGAGCGACGUUUCUCAAACGUUGAUCGCCGGUCGGCUGGAGAAGCAUUAGCGAACGCCGCGAAGCGAACUCGCAGCGUAAGCCGACGAGAUUGCUCGCGGGAGAGACCCGUGGCGGAUGUUUGCCCUUUCCCCGACAAAUACUCUUCCCCGGCAUCUGACACUCUGACGAGACUCGAUCCGCGACUCGAUUGUGAUGUCUCCAGGUAGCAGAGAACACCAAAGGAAUCCUUGGAAUUAAACACGAGGCUCGAAUUUCACGAGGUAGCUGAGACGCGCUCCGGCGUCACGUGACUCUCGUCGGAGACACGAAUACCCCGAUAACCAGGCGAGAACCGGGGCCCUUCUCGGAGAGAGAUAGUCAACCAAGUAGUCCAAGAUGAAGAACGGCAAUGGCCCGGCAGUGGACGAUAGGCCGAGCAUGGAGGGCUACGUGAACCACGGCCUGAGCGGAUCCACCACCAACGUGGACUCGUAUGGCACCGACAUGUACCAGUCUUUCCGCGAUUCGCACGAAACCCAUCGAGGGAUACAAGGCUCCUCGGAUUUUAUAUUGAUCGAAGAACCGGGGGAUGACGAGGUUAAGCAGAAGGACGGUCUCUUGAGAAUGGCGCUGCGAUACACGAAGCGCCGUGUCAGGGCCACCUGCACGAAGAAAACCCUUUACAAGAGGUUACCGAUCUUGAGCUGGCUGCCAAGGUACAACGGUCAAGAUGCACUCGGAGAUCUGGUUGCCGGAAUUACCGUGGGCCUCACCGUCAUUCCUCAGUCGCUGGCGUAUUCGAGCGUCGCUGGUUUACCGCCGCAGUACGGAUUAUACGGCAGCUUUUUGUGUUGCUUCAUCUACGUAAUUUUCGGGUCCUGCAAGGAUAUACCCAUGGGACCUACCGCGAUCAUUUCGUUACUUACUUAUCAAACGGUGUCUCACUUGGACGAUCCAGUGCCGCAUGCGAUCCUGCUGUGCUUCAUGGCUGGGAUCGUGGAACUGUUAAUGGGUAUAUUCGGCCUUGGAUUUUUGAUAGAUUUCGUAUCCGGACCGGUGAGCUCUGGCUUCACAUCGGCGGUGGCUCUGAUAAUUGUCACAUCGCAGGUUAAAGAUAUCCUCGGCAUCUCGGCCAAGGGUUCUCAGUUUAUCGAGAUGUGGCAGAACAUCGUUGCGAACAUACAAGACACGUCGGCUUGGGACGCCGCUCUAGGAGCAGCCUGCAUAGCACUGCUCCUAAUCCUGAGGUUAUUGGCCUCGUGUACCAUCGGACCGGAAAAGGAGGAGCUCCGUACCACGAAACACCGUGUUGUGAACAAGAUCCUCUGGUUGAUCAGCACUUCGCGAAAUGCGCUUUUGGUAGUACUCUGCGGGUGUUUGGGCUACAGCUUUCAAAACGAAGCGCCGAUCAAGCUAAUUGGAUACAUACCGGGAGGUAUGCCCAGCGUACAGAUUCCUCCUUUCGGAUACACGAAGGACGACAACACGACGGUCACGUUCAUCGACAUGGUCAGUAAUUUGAGCAGCGGCAUCCUCGUUUUACCGCUCAUCUCCCUGAUGGAGGAUAUCGCUAUUUGCAAAGCUUUUGCUAAUGGGAAAUCGGUGGACGCGACGCAGGAACUGAUAGCGAUCGGCGUGUCGAAUAUUGGAAACGCCUUCGUACAGGCUUUCCCGGGCACAGGAUCUCUUAGCAGGAGUGCGGUGAACAACGCUUCCGGCGUCAGAACACCGUUCGGUGGUAUCUACACCGGCGUACUGGUAAUUUUAGCCCUGCUAUUCCUCACACCGUAUUUCAGUUUCAUUCCGCGCGCCACUUUAGCGGCGAUCAUUAUAGCCGCGGUCAUCUUCAUGGUCGAAGUCAAGGUGGUGAAGCCGAUGUGGAGGACAAAGAAAUCAGAUCUGAUCCCGGGCCUGGGCACGUUCAUCGCGUGUCUGGUCCUGCAGCUGGAGAUCGGUAUCCUUUGCGGAGUUGGAUUAAAUAUUAUCUUCAUCCUGUACCACGCCGCCAGACCGAAGAUAUCCGUCGAGAAGCUCACGACCCAUCACGGAAUCGAGUACUUGAUGCUGACGCCAGAUCGCUGCCUGAUAUUCCCAUCCGUGGACUACGUUCGCAACCUGGUGACCAAGUACAGCCAACGGGCGGGCAGCGUCGCGACGCCCGUGGUGAUCGACUGCUCGCACAUCUACGGGGCGGACUUCACGGCCGCCAUGGUGAUCGAGACCUUGACGAAGGACUUCGCCAGCCGGGGCCAGCCGCUCUUCUUCUACAACCUGAAGCCGUCGGUGUACGCCGUGUUCGAAGGCGUCGAGCCCACGGACUUCGUCGUCUAUUACACGCAGGAAGCGUUGGACGAUCUGCUGAAGGAGAGGGGCUACCAGAAGCAGAGCAAAUAGCAGCGGCACGCGACGGUAAAACGCGUGUUCGUGCGCGGUCACUUUCGAGCCGUUCAUCAAGACUGUCAUCGGGACACAACAGCUGGUUACCAAACGCGCGACAGAUACGGGAGCAGUAUUCGCGGGGAGGUUGCGGCAUGAGGAUGACGUAGAGAGUAACAACUUGCGACUGCGAGGCUCACGAUCGUGGCAGAGAUGGAUGUCGGCGGGAGGAUAAAUCGCGAGUGUUAUCGCGCCCCGCCUUAUCAUCCGCCCCCAUCAUCUCUCAGUUGAGAUGCCUGAACGAUCAAAGCGAUUCCGGCGAAUGUCGGCUGGCGAAUGCACGAUGAGGGUAAGCUGCGGUUAUUUUCGGGUAGCGCACACACCGUACCUCGGACACCACGGAGACGUUGCGAGGCAAUUAACGCGCUAUCUUGAAAUCGCCGUGAAAGCCGCGGAUCUGUAAAGCGACUUAUAUAUAUAUAUAUAUAUAUAUAUAUAUAUGUUACAUAUUUAUAUAUCGUCGUCGACUCGGCGAUAUCUCGCGGGCGAGGUAUGUGUGUGUGUGUGUGUGUGUGUAUGUGUGUGUCUGUAAACUUCCGUAUAUUUCGAUAUGCAUUUCGGAACAUCGCAUCUUCGCAACGUUCAGCUUAUGGAAAUUAUUGGCACAGCUCGGAGCGCUAAAUGCAAACGCCGUCGGGUCGAUGAAUAGCGCGCGCGGAUGAUAUCGCCGAUCUAAUAUCUGAUAACGACAGUAUUCAGUAUGUACGUUUAGAAGCGAAGACUUUGACACGUAGCCCGGUGCGUGUACUUUAGCGGAGGCGGUGUAAAGUAAUUUCGGGCGCUGCUCGAUUACUGACUCGCGUCCGACCGAGACCAUUAAUUGCACAAAGCGGCGCGAAUACCGGAGGGCGAAUAUAUCUCGGCGUAUGAUACCACCGCCGGUAUGCAUCUCGAACACGGGGAACGCGCCGAGGUGAAUUUCCUCCGAAGCAGUUUUCCGGAAUACAGUAAUAAAGUCACGAGUUAAGGGGACUUUUAAGGAAAGGGGGUUAACUCGAACGAGUUAAGGGAAUUCUGGAGUCGUUCUGUUUUCACCGUAAAUUCGUUGACACUAUAUUCGUUACUGGUUGGCGCAGAAUCCAAAGUCCUUUUGCACAAUUACAACACGCACGCUAAUGUAGACGAGUGGAUUUUAUAUGAAAAACGAGAAAACGUGUUAUAAUUUGUUAAUUUUUUUUCUAAUUUUUUCGAUUUCUUAUUUUUCAUUUUUCGAACAAAGCCAACUGUCUUGGCCUGCAUUAACGUGUGCGUUGUAAUUAUGCAGAGGGGUUUUUGAUUCUGUGGAAGUCAGUAACGAGUAUAGUACUAACAAAUUUGCGGUGAAACGAGACGACUCUAGGAUCCCCUUAAGGUUAAUUCUCAUUAUUUUCUAGACAGCGGCAGACAGAAGUUCGUCGACCCUCCGUCGAAACAUUUCUUGAUGUUUUCGUAUUUUAGAAUAUUCAUAAUAUCCGUCGCUUUACUACACUGAAAAAUGAGUUUGGUUGGAUCUACCGGCAACUGGACGCGUUUUGAUUGAAAGAAACAGAAUUUCCGGUUAGAAUCAACCCAGCAAACACCAACCAACAGUAACAUAACACCAAUAUUAUCAUUUCCCAUUUAACAAUGUGGCUGUUACGUAACAUACGCGUUAGAUUGCAUUUACAUUGUUGAGUGAGAAAAUUAUAACAUUACUAUUAUGUUACUGUUAGUUGGUGUUUGCUGGGAAAUUUGAUGAAUGAGAGCUAGACAUUUUGAUCGAAUUCAUAAUCGGAUUUUGUAGUUAAAACCGUCCUAAGUUUAUCUUUGGAUGUUGUACGGCUCAUUUUAUUGGCUACGAAACAUCCGAAGGUGACCUUAAGACGGUCUUAAAUAUCAGAUCCGACUAUGAAAUACUACACUGUGCAUUCUCAACCAAAACGCGUUUGGUUGUCUAAUAUCGGAUAGUUUCAACCAAAUUUAUCUUUCAAUGUAACAGAAAAGCACGGAAGAAUGUUUUAACGGGAUCGACGGAUGCUUGUCUGUCGCCGUCUAGACGGAUAGUAGGAAUCAAUCCUUAUUCGUACAAGCAUUGAAAAGUGAAUUUUCUACCCGAAAAUAGACAGUCAAAUGCAUUUUGGUUGAAGGAAAAAAGAUUUCUAAUUCUCAUGAACGAAAUUUGUUUCUCGUAACCAGAAAUCCUAUUUCCUUCCAUCAAAACAUGCCCGCCUGUCCAUUGUCAGGAAUAUCCAAGGAAAUUCAUUUUUCAGCGCGGGAGUUCAAAAUACGUCGAAACAGUUCGGGAGCACAUCUGUAAAAGUGUCUUUUCCAUUCGAGCAUUCGUCGUGAGCUCGACUCGACAAAAAAGGAGAUACACGAGUCUCUAUAUUCUCACACCGAUCUUCGGUUUUUUCGUAUUUAAGAUCCUCAUGUUAUAUUUAAGAACGUAGCUUUAUAUGAAGAAGAUUUUGCGCGUCUGCGCAUUCUUGCGCCGCAGCUCCGUAGCGUUCCAGUGGAACUCUUCGUCUGGGAACACUUGUACAUAAGUAUCAUAAGUGCGAGAACAAUACUGUGAUAAUUUUAUAAAGAACGUCUAGCGCGGACGAUUGGGGAAAUGAUGAUCUUUCGGCAAAAGAGACGGUCGCAGCUUCCGCCUCGGCUCGCGAACGGCGGGCGAAAGGUGAUGUUGCUUCGUGAGUGUUCACGAAAUGUUAUUGCCGAAUCGCGACUUACGGAUGUGUAAGCGCGCGAACGAGGGCUUUCCUUAUAAAUUAAGCAAUAGAGCGAGAAAUAGCUGGAGAUUUGCUGUAAAAUGCUGUAAAAUUUGCCGUAAGAUGCCGGGCCGGGUGCUUGUAUGGAUUGUCUAGCAUCGAGGGCUCUAACGAGAGGCAAGAAUUUUCGCGCCUUUUUUGUAGCAAUAAAAAGAAUCCUCAUUGUUGAAA